CCCCCCUCCCUCCCCCCGCAGCAGGAGACUCACAUCCAGGGAUCGGACUAAUGGCGGCCGGCAAAUCCGUGCGCUGACACGAAACCCACAACAGCCGCUCAGGUGCCAGCCGAUUUCGUGGGGUGGGCAGGGCGACGUAGCAUCGCUACACCAACGGUAAAGAAGGGAGGGCUGAGGGGAAACAAUCGGCAACUUCUAGCAGGACUUUCCUAUUUUUAAUCAUGGAUGAACAGCCCGGCGGAGGAGGAGGAGGAAUGGCCGCCCAGAGACAGCAGCAGCAGGGCAACAGCAGCAUUAAUCCCCAGAUCCCCAGCACUGGAGGAUCGCCUAUGGUUCAACAACAGCAGGACGAGAUGCCCAGGCCCCAGCAGUACACGAUCCCGGGGAUCUUACACUACAUCCAGCACGAAUGGGCCCGUUUCGAGAUGGAAAGGGCCCACUGGGAAGUGGAGAGGGCCGAGCUCCAGGCCCGAAUAGCAUUCCUCCAAGGAGAAAGGAAGGGUCAAGAAAAUUUAAAGAAUGACCUUGUUAGAAGAAUAAAAAUGUUAGAAUAUGCAUUAAAGCAAGAAAGAGCAAAAUACCAUAAAUUAAAAUAUGGGACAGAACUUAAUCAAGGUGAAAUGAAAAUGCCUAGCUUUGAAUCAGAUACCAAAGAUACAGAGGUCUCGGCUAUACCUCAGAACAGCCAGUUAACGUGGAAACAGGGCAGGCAACUCCUCAGACAAUAUCUUCAAGAAGUAGGUUAUACGGACACAAUACUGGAUGUCCGGUCGCAGAGAGUGCGGUCGUUACUGGGGCUGUCAGGCUCCGAGCAGAACGGUUCUGUGGAAACCAAGAACCUAGAGCAAAUUCUCAAUGGAGGAGAGUCUCCAGCUAAAAGAAAGGGACAAGACAUAAAAAGGAAUCCAGAGGUUCUGGAGACAUUUAAUUUUUUAGAAAAUGCCGACGAUAGUGAUGAAGAGGAAGAUGAUGAGGGGGAUACAAUGGAGGAUGUGCCUGACAGGAGUAAUAAACGUAGAAUAAAGAAACAUAAAAUAAAGGUCGGAAAUGAAGGUCUGGCUUCCGACUUACCUGAUGACCCUGACACAGAGGAGGCACUGAAAGAGUUUGACUUUUUGGUAAAUGCAGAGGAUGGAGAAGGUGCCGGGGAGGCUCGGAGUUCAGGAGACGGCACAGAGUGGGUUGAGCCUUUGCCAUUCAAUCGUGGUGGGAGCAAGUCCCUUAUCAUGGGCUCUGAUGACAUGUUGGAAAGUGUGCUGGGCCUCGGAGCACUCGCAGAUCUGAAUCCCAAUGACGAGGGUGAAUACAGCUAUGAUCUGCCAGCCAAUGAGAACGUGUUCAGGAAGACAUGGAAUCCCAAAUACACCCUGCGAAGCCACUUUGAUGGAGUGCGGGGCCUGGCCUUCCAUCCUGUGGAACCGGUGUUGGUCACAGUCUCAGAAGACCACACCCUCAAACUGUGGAACCUCCAGAAAACAGUUCCUGCCAAAAAAAGUGCCUCUUUUGAUGUGGAGCCCAUAUACACGUUUAGAGGGCAUAUUGGACCUGUGCUCUCAUUGGCUGUGACCUCGAGUGGCGAACAGUGUUUUAGUGGUGGAAUUGAUUCAACAAUACAGUGUUGGAACAUCCCCAGCUCUAAUGUAGACCCUUACGACACAUAUGAUCCCAGCGUGUUGGCCGGUACGUUGUUGGGUCACAGCGACGCUGUGUGGGGAUUGGCUUACAGUGGAAUCAAAAACCGACUGCUCUCGUGUUCAGCUGAUGGGACGAUCAAGCUGUGGCACCCUCAGGAGAAGUCACCGUGUCUCAGCACAUUUAACUCCGACAGAAAUCAUGGUGUUCCCACAUCAGUUGAUUUCAACGGCUGUGAUCCAGCUCAUAUGGUGGCAUCUUACAACACGGGAGAUGUCGUUGUUUACGAUCUAGAGACGUCACAGCCCGUCUUGGUAUUCUCCGCACAGGGAGAGAGCACUAUUCCUUUUGGCAAUCACAUUAAUAAAGUAGUCACCCACCCCACCCUGCCAAUCACGGUCACCGCUCACGAGGAUAGACACAUCAAGUUCUUUGAUAAUAAAUCAGGUAAAGCCAUCCAUGCAAUGGUUGCUCACUUGGAUGCUGUUACUAGUCUGGCUAUAGAUCCAAAUGGCAUCUACUUGUUGUCGGGAAGUCAUGAUAGUUCCAUCCGCUUGUGGAACAUGGACAGCAAGACGUGCAUCCAUGAGGAUACAGCGCACAGGAAAAAGUCAGACGAGGCCAUAUACGACGUUGCCUUCCACCCAUCUAAGGCAUAUAUAGGAAGUGCCGGAGCUGAUGCCCUGGCCAAAGUGUUUGUAUAAAAGAACAUCCGAAUGAACGCAUACGGGAAGAUGAGAGAAAGAAAGGACUGCUUCACUGCCUUGUGUAACAAGCGUAGCAUUUCUCACACUACAUUGAAGUGGCUUCCACCUUCGCUGUCAAACCCACACCACACACACAACAUUACCAGGUGCCAAGACGGGGACGGGCCGUGUUUUUCCGAAGCCAGUGUGGAGUGCUCAUUCAGUUUUAAUCUUACUACUUUUUUCUUUUCUUUUUCUCAAAAGAAAAAAAAGAAACCAUAUCUGUAAUUUACUGUAAGUCAAAGCUGGAGUGAAACCAGUGUUUGUAGCCUUUUGACUGGUUUUGAACUGAGCUGAUAAUGUGUCCUGUAGGUAUGUUUCAGUGACCAUGGAGUGGUUGUCAUGUUCAUCAAUAAGUAGGUGUCACCGACCAUCAUCCGGGCACCAGAGGAACUGAGUCCCGCCCCCUGCCGAGCCAUAAACCAAACCCUAAUCUCAGUCGUCAUCCUCACCCUAAUGUAGCGGUAUGAACCCUAUUGUUCAUACCUUUAGCGUUUGUUUCUUUUUUGUGUAAAAAAAGUAUAGUUUUUAUAAUCAAUUUUAUAUAAAUAAAGACUGUCAUAAAUUUAAAGGGACUAGAAUCCCACUCAAGCCCUCCAUUUUAUGCGGUUCUCUUUCAUGAAGGUCUUGUGUCUCUGGAAACCCUGGAUGAGUGCAAACUACAUUGCUUUAUCAUUGUUUUAUCACCUAACGGAGAGACUGUACGCUAGUAGAAGCACAGCGCGUGGUGUCCUGAGAGCUUUUAGGAAUUUACAAAUAAACUGCAGCAUCCUGUCACUAUGUGAUGUUUCUGUACACCUUACUGUAAAAUGAGUUUAAGUAUCACAGGUAAGGUAUCCGAUUGCUAUUUAUUUUCAGUUUGUGGAUAGUCUUAUCCUUUGUUCCGAGCGUAGCUUUAUGGUAACUCAAAGACUGGGCUGUUGCUAACCGACCCCACAGGUUAUCUGAUAGGAAAUUAACGUGUAUGGGUUAAUACAAAAGCUCUGUUAUACACCCCGUUUCUUGGAUGGUUGAAAACCAGGUUUAAAUUCACCUCAUGAUGCUGGAGUCAGGGGAGAAACGAUAAGUUAAAGGGAGAGUUCACCCCAAAAUGAAAAAUCUGUCUUUUACUCACCCUGAGGUGAUUACAGGCCUGUAUAACUGGGACAUAAAAGCUAUUUUUAGAAUUGAAAUGCAACUCAAUGGUCAUCAAAACCCUUCCAAAUGAAAGCCAUUUAGGUUUAGAAUGACAUGAGGGCGAGUAAAUGAUAGAAUUUUCAUUUUUGGGAUUGGAGUUGUCAAUCAAAUGUAUUCUGAAUAUUUGGUUUGAACUUACUAGCCCAAUCUGUUCAAUGAUUUUUAAAGGAAACGAUGCAGUUUAGGUGUAACAAAAGACUUUUUGUUGGUGUAAUGCAUGAUUAAUACUACGAUAAAGUAUUUUUUCUAGUCUUCCAAAAGUUCAGAUCAGUUUGAAGAGUUUUGUAAGGUUUUUGAUUUACUAUGAAUCAACAGAUUUUAAAGAUUGUACCACAUAGCAAAACAACUGUUGAAAUGUACAUAAAAUGUCUAUAAUAAAUAUUAAAUGGUGUAUCUGUA